AUGACUCCCGACCCCCACGCCCAUUCGUGGCCCCGUCCCGGGGGCAGGACAGCGCGUCUCACCUCGGCUCUCUCGCGGCGCUGGGGACGCGCUGGCAGCCCCGGCCGCCUCCAGGUCAGGGCAGUGGCAUGCGGAUCGGAACUUGGCGCGCGAGCCCCGGGGGCCGGCUGGUCCCCGCCUUCCCGGACUGCCCCGCCUCUGGGGCGGGGCCUCUGGGGCGGGGCCUCGGGCCCCGCCCGCAGGGGGCAGAAGGGUUUCUGGGAAGGGCCUGCGAAUGGGCUGAGCCCUCAGAAAGGGGCGCCUAGGAGACCCGUUUCGCGGCACCGCCCGCCGCAGAUCCGGACGCCGCGCCGCACGCCUUCACCUAGCCCUCUUGACUGGGCCUGGCCCGCCCGCGAGCCCCGCUCCGCAUAUCUCGACCGGCUGUCCCCGCUGGCUCAGGUCUUGCCCCAUGCCUCGCAAGUUCAGGACUGA